CGGAAGUAAUAUUUGAACUAGAGAUCUAGCUUAUUGCAACAACAAAUAUAUAUAUUGAACAUAUUGUCUGGUUUAUAAUUGGCCUAUCUGAUAGUAUGCCCAGGCGGACAAUAGAAAGACAAAGGACUGAAGUUCCCGCUCCGUUUACAAAUAUAUUAGGUUUCCGGGAGCUCUUUGGUAAACAAAAUGUGCCCGAUCUAGAUCUACUCAGAGUUCAUCUUGCGAAUCAAGGCAGGCUGGACAUGGUUGCUAUUAGAGAGAUAUUAGAUCGAACAACAAUUAUUUUGUCCAAGGAAAGUAACUUACUGCUAAUAAAUGGCAAAGUAACAGUGGUUGGAGCUUUGCACGGACAUUUCUAUGACUUGUUGACUAUCUUGAAAAAAACCCAAACAGUACCAGAUACGAAACUCUUAUUCUUAGGUUCCUAUGUACACAAUGGUAAUUUUGGUGUCGAGACAGUCAUCUUUCUCCUUACCAUGAAGCUUCUGAAUCCAAACCAAGUUUUCCUUUUGCGUGGAAGUCAAGAUUGCCGAACUGUAGCAGAACUUCAAUUUAAGCAAGAGUGCUUAACUAAAUAUUGCAAGUUGGCGUUUUACUGGAUCAUGGAUGCCUUUGACAGCCUCCCACUGGCUGCUGUCGUUAAUGGCAACGUGUUUUGUGUUCAUGGAGGAAUUUCAUCACGUUUGAAAAGUAUGCAAGACAUAGAGAAGAUCAACCGAUUUCGUGAACCACCAAAGAAAGGUCUGUUUACUGACCUGCUGUGGUCCGACCUUAACUAUGAAGAAACUGAAGAUGGGAACCAAAUGCAGAAGAGGUUUUCUUUCAACCAAGAUAGAAGGAUCUCAGUUUACUUUAGCUUAAGAGCACUAUUUGAAUUUCUCUAUUCAAACAAUUUCCGACUUCUCGUUCGAUCAAAUCAGCUUCUCUCAGAGGGCGCAUAUUUUCAUGGUACAACUGACGAUGGGACAAUUCGCUAUCCUUUUGUUUCUUUGUGCUCUGCCUCCAAUGUUAUGAAUUACAGAAAUAAAGGAGGAUAUCUGUUUGUGACUCCAACUACUGUAGGCCUGCGACAGAUUGCAUGGGUCCCUCAGCCCUAUAUACUCCCAAAUGGAAUGAACGCAUUCGAUUGGUCCUUAUCGUUUUUAAUGAAGAAAGUGGUUCUAAUUCUUGCUGACUUGUUGGACGUGGAAGAGGGUCUUCUUCAGAUUGACAUAAAAAAGCAUAAGCACAUACAGACUUUAAAAAGUCAAGGUUACCCACUAAGCUUGUUGAAAAUUGACCGGAAGAAACUUGCUGCAUACAUCGCACAAAGAGAGAAAGAGCGAACACAGAUACUUCGGAUUGAAAAAAUGUCGGCGUCCGAAAACAGAAUAAGAAAUUAAGAGCUUCUGGAGGAUCUGUUUUGUUUUGUUUGUUUCAGCAUAUUUCACAUUUUAAUAUUUAUGUAUUUAAACGUCCUUCUGUAAUUGAAUUCUCUAGAAUAAACAGAGUAAGUUCUAUUGCA